AUGGAGCCCUCGGAGCUGUCGGCGAGUCAAAAGGCCCGCCUCCAGCGAGUCGCGGAUCUUAUGCUCGAUAUCUACAAGACCCUGGCAGAGAUGCGGUACCUUGAUGAAGAUGGCAUUCAGAUUGGACCACACGACAUCGAACAGCUGCUGCCAGCUUACAAAGAGCAUGGUCUGGAUGGGUCGAUUGUGUAUCUGUACAGCAUCUUGCCGUAUGUCGAUACAGACCUGGCAGGCAACUAUGAUUUCCUUCAGGGAGGCUCUUUCGCGGACUUUCGCAAUCCCGAGGACGUUGAACAGGGCAGAGAUCCAUUCUAUGGCAGCCCGGAAGGCGACGACUUUGAUGACGAGAACGGGCCUUACAUACGCCCUUGGGUGACACCCCUAUCAUUGCUGGGAAACCAUCAAAGUGUCAUCAUUUAUGAUGCUAAACAGCAUAGGGUCUGGAUCAUUGACCAGGAAGGGUGGGAAUCGACAGAUCUCGCGUUGAGCGACGCGAGAAGUGGUAUACCCCUGAGUAGAAAUCGAAACGCCUUCGAGCACAUUCCUAGCCGUCCAGCCGAGGAUGUUUUGCGUGACAUUAAUGCCUGGUAUCACACGCUGCAGGUACUCCCUGGUGGCGAGCAUAGCGGUGGCGAAUGGAACGACUGGGACAUGGACUUGAAAGGUCUUUACCGGAGAAAUGGCUGGCCGGACGAUUUUGAUGGGGACGCGUUUCAAAUAGGCCAGGCACGUGAAUACUGUGCAUCAAGUGCGAAGUAUUCUGCUGAGGAGCCUUUGAGGCAGGUGGAAAAGUUUAGGUCAUGGGCCAAGUAUGCCGAUCGGAACAUUGAGCAAAAUCUUCGAGCGUUUGCUGAGGCAAACACUAAAGAUGAGGAAUGGACUGCAAAGUUCAACCUGUGGAAGUCGGAAAGAUCGAAAACGAGGAACGAGAAGGAUCUGGCAAAGGCAGAAGAAACAGCCAAGAGGCUUUGCCCAGGUGGAGUAUGCCAGAAAGUUGACGACCUCCCACUAUGGGAGGCUGAGAUAUUGCGGCAUGAGAAUAGAUGGAAACAAGAAAGCGUGGGCAAUAAUGAGGAUUGGGCCGAGAAGGUCAGGGAUGACCCCGACCGCGAGAAUCAUUUUCGAAAGGAGCAGCAGCGCGCACAGAAAGAGGCUGCGGUCUACCAGCAGGCCUAUGAGGCUUCCAAGGCCGACGCAGACCGACUGUGCCCUGGACGGACAUUUGAGUCGGCCACAGGUAUCAAGAGCCUCGGCCGACAAGAUACUCUUACAAGUAUCCAGAAUCAAGAUGAGGUGAUAGCUCGUUUACAGAUAGAACUCGAACAGAUAAGGGAAUGGGCAGAGCAGAUUCCCAAAGAUGCCACCAAAACGAAAGAGCAAGUCGGAUACGAAGUGGACGAGCUCGAGCGGUCCAUUGAUAGGGCACAACAGAGUAAGAAGAUGCAUGAAGACUGGCUUGCGGAACAUGGCAACACCGAUUAA